AUGGUUCCGACGGGAAAUUAUAAACAACUUUGCCUCCCCGAAUGUGAGAACUGGCCCUCAGAUCUUUGGAUAAAAUGCUUCAAUGUCAUGAGUAUUCCGUCAGGGUUAGCAUUCGUCAAAAUUAACGAGGGCCGUUUAAAAUAUCCAGACAGUUCUCCAACCACCACAAGCACGGUCUGCGCUCUCCCGUCCUCUGAAGACGACGAAAAUCAAACGCUGAUGCCUGAGAAUGAAAAUCAAUCAGGUUGCAACCCUGGUGCUAAUGAUGAUAUCCCGAGACAGAUUCCUCUGAAUCAAGAGCAAGAGAAUGGACUGUUGAAGAGGAUAUGGAAGGCUUUUUUGGACGGCUGUGGAGCCUUUAAAAACUUUACUUAUGGCGUACUACGAUAUUUUUUUAGUGGAGGUAAUUAA